AACUGCAGUAGCCUAGACGGAGUUGCACUUCUAAAGAGAGUGUUAGAUAUUGCAGAAUUUUCCAAGGCUUUUUACAGCUGCGAGGUGCAAAACAAAAGGCAGCCGUGCUAUAUGAAAGGGGCUUUGUGUUUAGACAAGCUGCGCGCCUAUUUACAAUGUGGAAGGGAGAAUUUAACACAUUUUCCUGGCCACGCCAGCACCACAAAACUGAGAGGAGCAGGGGCUCUCGAUGACAAGUGCAAAUAUUUGCCGCAAGAUUAAUGUAUCCUGUGAAAAUAGUGGACUUCUGCGUCAUAAAGCGCGGGGUCGUGUUAAUUCACCUGGACAGGCAAAGCCUAUCCUGGAAACCUUUGCAGUCAUGAAUUCGCCAAACACAACUCUUGAGUGAAAUGUUCAACUGAAGCUUUAUUUCAGCUGGUUCGAGCUUUUGGAAUUUCUGAAGACUGAUUUAUUUUUGCAGACCACCUCCUCUCCCUCCCCUUUUUAUCAGCCUACUUGUCCACUGAAGGAGGCACAUUCAUGCAUCGCUUCUCCCACUGCAAAUCACUUUUCUGAGCUCAACAGAACUCUGAAUUCAUCUCGCGUCACGCUGCAUUCUUCAAGCUUGCUACUCCGAUGAGACCCGACAGUGUGGCUGAAUGCAGGACUUUGAUCAUUAUGAGUGGGGAGUGCUGACCCUUAAUACAGGCUUGUUCUUCUGAAUGCAGACAGUGUGGGCGGACCAUACAUCCUGAAGCAAUGCAGUUGUUCAAUGGGAUAACAGCGAUACACUGAGGAAGAUGAAUUCAGAGUCGCUGGACACCUGUAUUCAAAGCAUUCUCUCUGCUUUGUAUCCUCCGUUCAACGCCACAGCUCCCACAGUGCUCAGUCAAAUCUUCAGGGUGAUUGACACCACGUAUAAGGGGGAUGGACUCCGCUGCCUAUUGCAUUUCUUGGUUCCAGCAAAGCGCAUCCUAGAGACUGUGCAACAAGAUGCUUGUGCUAAAUAUUCAAAUCUCUUGUUCCGUCACGAAGGCUGGCCCCUCUGUCUCCAUGAGAAGGUAGUGGUGCAGCUGUCAUCAUUCAACAUCUUUCUUCUGCGGCCCGGGGAUUUCUAUCUACAGAUUGUGCCUGUCGGGAAGCAGGCCGCUCGGAUUGUGUUGAAAUGCUUGGGCAGGGACCUCCGCAGUGUAGACGAGAAGCUGAUACCAGAAGUAACUUACACCAAUAUCUUUACAGCUCAGUGGCUGGAUACGAUAAACAGUGAACAUUCUGGAAUACCGCUGCACACUUGCCUACUAGCCACGGAUAAUGGGGUUGUGAAAGAGCCUUGGUCUAAAAUAGUCAACCCUGAAUUUGUAAAUAAAAGCAAAGUUACAGACCCGUCUGGGCACAGGACUCAUUCUGUUCAGGAAACAGAAUACCGCGGUGGUUCUGCUGGGAUGACUUUGCAGACAGGUAUGGAGAUUGAUCAUUCAUUUUGGGCUUCUGAGCCAGACUCUGAUACCAAAAAAAACAACAAUCCUUUGCCUAACCCAGGACAAAAAGAAGGUGUGAAAUGUUUAAGUCACCAGCCCGUGAAAUUGGGAGUGACGUCCCCAAAUCAAUAUGAACACUCCAAUGAAAACCUUGAAGGAGAUUAUGUGGAUUUAAUGAUAUUUUCUAAGGAAAAGUGCUGUGAUAACAGGACUGCACGGCUUCCAAUGAAGAAAGGUGAAUCCUCUGUGGUUCCUGUCAAUGGAACAUGGGCAUGUGGAGGGACCAUUAGGUUUGCAGCUGAACCUUGCACACCAUGCCUAAGCAGAAGAUCGAACAGAGACUUUGAAAACCAAGCGAUAAAGUGUCGUUAUCGUGAGUCUUACAUUGAAGCCCUGCAAAACCCUUUGAACUUUGGGUUCAGCUUUCAGGAGGCAGAAGCUUCCGCUGAGGACAGGAAAGAUUUCCUGACUAACCACAAGCUCAGCAGUGAUUCAAAGAGCCCAGUCUGUUACAGGAAAAACCAGGAACCCAGAAGUUCCACCAGAUCUACCAAUGUACCUUCAUGCAGUACUACAAAUAAGGACAAAUCAGUGGUGCACUCGGUUCCAUCCUCCAAUUCUGUUAAGGCGCCCUAUCAAUCUGUAGCUAAGCUUGAUCCUCAUACAGGAUCAGCAUCUCCAGACUCUGUCACCAAACAUACAGUUUCCAACAGCACAAGAUCAGGCCUGUCAGCUGGCGAUACAGCACCCUCUGAACUCCUGCUCGGCAGAAGGAGUUUGGAAGCUGCUAAGAGGUUUUCAGCUGGUUACAUAUCUCCAAGAAAUCGUCGACAUAAGUACCAAGGAAAAGAACGGACCCAGAAGAGGUUUCCUACACAAGCUGUGGACUUGAACAGUGAUUUGCUGCACUCAGGUGUUGCUUGUUUACCAGGAAACAGAGAUAAGGCAGGGAGAGCCGUGUUACAAAUCUGCACUGACAAUAGCCUCUUGCAUGGGCAGUCAUGUAACAGCAAUGACCUCACCAGGCUCCUACUGUACCUCUCCAACAUUCCCAGGAAGGAGGUUGGAGAUCUGGGUCUGGUUAUUGUUGUGGAUGCCAGAAAACGGCCACUGAAUCCUGUGUUAUUUAAGGCUUUUGGAUUAAUGCAGGAACGUGCCCCCCACUCCAUUCACUGUGUACUGAUAUUGACAGAUAAAGAAGCAACUCACAAGCUGGAGAAAUGUCCAGGAAUAUCACUGGAAAUUUUGACAUCCUUGAAAACACUGCAUAAGUUCAUUGACAGCCAUCAACUGACUGAAAACCUAGAGGGGACUUUCCCUUACAGUCACUCUGAAUGGAUUCAGUUUCGUAUGAAACUUGAGUCAUUUAUUGCAAACUGCAGGGAGGCUUCCAAUCUAUUACUGGACACCAUCAGAAUGUUCGAAUUUAAUAAACCCAGCCACAGCGCACAGGAAGUCACUAACUGCAUCCAUAACCACAAGCUGACCAUGCAGAGAGUUUUGCAAGAUGCCCGACUGGUCAAUUUGCAACUGGAAGGUGGAGCAAUUCUUGCCAGGCUCAAGAAAGAGGAAACUCGAUUCAGUUCUUCUGAGGACUACAGAGACGCCAUUGAUUUGGUAACACCCCUCUACAACAUGGUGGAAGAAAAUGUCCACACUCUGGUGAUGAGGUCCAAUCAGUGUCUGCAACAUUUGGAGUUCUUAAAGAAUCUGAGGAUACUCGAGGACAAAAUUAAACAGCAAAACAACUGGCUGCUUUGCACCGGUGAACCGUACCUGCAGAACUCAGCCACAAAUGGAGAUUCACUCAAAAUGAUACAACAGGAACAGAAAAAGUUCAGUGAAUUCUUUGUACUGGCCACACAGGAAUACAAAAGGAGUCUGGAGCUUUUGCAGGAGGCAGACACUCUGGAUGGUUUCUCGUAUCCUGAGUUUUCAGAGUUCAAAGAUAUGGCGCAAGAGUUCAAAACGCGACUCGACAAUUUUCACGUUAGUGUCAAGAAACAUCAGGCAGAACUGGAAGCUCUUGUCAACCUGUACAACUACUGUGAUCAGGCUGUGGAGUUGACCGAAGACUGUAAACGUUGCUUGCCCCAACUGGGAGUGAGUAGCUCGACAGACCUCAGUGAAGAAAUGCUGAAGCUUCUUGAGAAUUACCAUCAAAGACUUGCAGAAUUUUCCGUUGAAAGAUUUCAGCAGGUGAAGAAUCAGCUCCAUAGCCUAAGUCAUGGCAAAGGCGUGAAGGUGUGGAAUGUAACUUUGCUGAACUGCGAAGAGACAAGGCAACAUCUCGAGGAGACCUUGGAGUUGUGCAGGAAGGCAUUAAAAACUGCCGGAAGCCCUAUGUCAGAGAGCGAGGGAGAGUCCAAGAGCACAGAACCAAAGAGCAGUAAGGAUCUGAUCACAAGGACCUCUCACCUGAGUGGAAACUUCUGGUCUGAAGAAGGAAUAAUCUGGCAGAGAAAGGAAAAACAUAAACCUUCGCCUAUGAGGACUAGUCAUAGUCACAAGGAAAAUGUAACCAACAAGCCAAACAGAGUACAAGCAAAGUCUUCUGUAUUUGAAUGGCCGAUGUGUCUAAAUUCAACGGAUGUGUCAAGUGGUGAGACAAGCCCUCAGAUCUCUUCCCUCCCUUCUUACUCAGAUCCUUUGUUUUCUCCUUCUGUUCGGCACAGAAGUUAUCCCUCCAAGAAGAUCAUGCUGGCGGCACAGGGCUUCCAGCUCUCACGGCAUGCCAGCUUUUGCUCUGAGGACAAACAUUCUCGUAGAGCCGGAGGUAGAACUAAUAUCAGCAGUGGUGCUCCGGUGAUCAGUUCUGCCCUUAGUGAACCUGCAGGGUCCAGUCUGGCGCAGGAACCAAUGAAAGAGAAUUCCUGUAAUAAACUCCAACACAUUAUGGAGGAGAUAUUGAUUACUGAGAGGGAGUACGUCCGUUCUCUUGGAUACGUCAUCUCACAUUACUUCCCUGAGAUGGAUCGCAUGGACCUACCUCAGGAUUUGCGGGGACAGCGAGGAAUUAUCUUUGGAAAUCUAGAGAAGCUCUAUGAUUUCCAUAGCCAGUACUUCCUGAAGGAGCUGGAAACCUGUGCAAGGGACCCCAUCCGAGUUGGGCGCUGCUUCCUUAGACAUGAAAAACAGUUUGGGCUUUAUGCAUUGUACAGCAAGAACAAGCCCCGUUCUGACUUACUGCUCAGCAGCCACGGAAAUACAUUUUUCAGGGCCAAGCAGCUGGAACUCGGUGACAAAAUGGACUUGGCAUCCUAUCUUUUGAAACCUAUUCAGAGGAUCAGCAAAUACAACCUGCUUCUGAGGGACAUGUUCAAGGAAUGCAGCCCAGCCCAGGAGAAGGAGUGCAAGGAACUUCAGGCAGCCCACAAUAUUGUGUGCUUCCAGCUCCGCUAUGGCAAUGAUCUUAUUGCUAUGGAUGAUAUACAGGAGUGUGAUGUGAAUCUGAAAGAGCAGGGCCAGUUGUUACGUCGAGAUGAGUUUGUGGUAUGGUACGGGAGGAAGAAAUGUUACCGACACAUCUUCCUAUUUGAAGAUCUCAUACUCUUCAGCAAGACAAAAAAAACAGAAGGAACCAAUGACAUCUACAUUUAUAAACAAUCCUUCAAGACUUCCGAAAUUGGAAUGACACAUAAUUCUGGUGAAAGUGGUCAGCGUUUCGAAAUUUGGUUCAGAAGACAGAAAUCUCAAGAUACGUAUGUCUUGCAUGCUCCAACUGCAGAAGUGAAACAGGCGUGGAUAGAUGACUUAGAGAAGAUAUUAUGGAACCAAGCACUGAGGAAUAGGGAACUCCAGACGCAGGAGAGGGUGUUUAUGGGCAUUGGCAGUAAGCCAUUUAUGGACAUCAAACCUAGCGAAGCUGCCAUCAGUGACAGAUCGGUUGGCUGCACCACAAAAGGGAAAGAGCAGACCAAGAGACCAAAUUCCAUAGGAUCAAACGGCAGUGCCUCCUCCUCAGGAAGCCACUCUUCUUCAUCGUCUUCUGGCAUCGGCUCCCUGAAUAUGCCCAGUUACUCCUCUUCACCUUCAACUUCCAGAAGCAAUACUGGAAUCAACAACAGCUUGUACAACACACCGGCGGGCGUGGAAGAAGAUGACCUGGGGAAUGACUCCAGUGGGAGACCUUUUACGAUUGAGAGUUCAGAAACUUCUUCCCAGUGUAACUCCACAGAGAGCGUCAGCGGCUUCAGCAGUUCCAACCACAGCAGCCUCUCCCUGACCGGAGGGGAGACUGAGGAAGCACUGUCUACCUCAUCUGGACCAUGCAAGCCCAGUUCACAUCAAUCCUCACUCUGCCUGCCCACAUUACUGCCAAAGGGAGAACUUCCAUUUGGAAAUAUGAUCAAUAAGGAAAAAUCACCUGAUGUACCCAUGAAACGAUCAACAGCCGUCUGACCGUCAGGAACAUCACUUCGGCCUGAAAUUCCAUGAAGAGUUGGCGAAAGAACAGAACCCCAGCUGCUGCUGAGUUCAAGAGAUUUAAUUCCAGUUAAGAGCUGCAGAGCAAACAGAUCUGUGGGAAUUUAUUUCGCCACUUGGGAUUUGUCCCAACAGAUUGUGCUUUUCAUAUUCAGAGAAACUGAUGCUAUAACGCAGCAGAAUUUGAAGAAAAAGUGACCUCAUGCUCGGAACUGGCCACAUGAGUCAGGAGAUGGGCCGUGACCCAACCCAUGGCACAUUCUGAGGUCACUGCCACGGAGCGAGAGUUUCUCUGUGGGCCUGUGGUUUAGUGCCUACUCCAGGUUCAUUGACCAGUAAUAUCCAGCCUUAGUUUUCACUCCAAACCUCUGUAAGGUUUGGAAUGACAGGCUCUAACAAAAAUAAAUGAAAAAAGAGAAUUCCAUUAUUGCAAGAUGAAAAAAUUAAGCAAGCACAUUUGAUUUUGGAGAAAGUGGCACAAAGCCGAGGUUGAAAGGGAAAGGGCAAUAUAAGUAUAACCUUUUCAUCUAAUUAUUAAAAUCCUUAAGUAUAUUUUAAUAAGUACCAUAAAACCUAUUGACAUAACAUUGUAUAUUGUAGUGCUGUCUUCUUUUGCACACAUAUUAGCUUUAAUUACAAUGCUGUUAUAAAAUGCAAAGUCAAUUAUAAUACUUUUAUAUUUUUACAAUAUUAAAAACAUUGCUUUUCUUGAUGCUAAUGAUCUUUUGACCCUACUUCGGUAUUUUCAUAUAAUUCUACAAUAACACUUACUUUGUACUAGAUACUUCUAUCAAACUUAUGUCCUGUCACUGUGAGUGCCUUCAUCAGGUGACACAGAAAUAAUGAAUCUAAAGUCAAUCUGUUGCCUUCAGGUACUCACUGGGCAGAAAAGAUAAAGCGCCACAUAUAUCUAUGAAUGCGGAGCAGACUCCAUAGGCCGGCCUAAUUCUGCUCCUAAGAAUAGGCACUGCACACCCUACCAGUACAGCCAGUCGCUCAGCACUGACAAAUAACUUCAUUUUUCAAACUGUUUCAAAAUUUUCCAAGAUGAUCAAAUUAAUUGCCUAAGAAUUUGAGAACUUGCCUGAAACUGGUUGUGUCCGAAAUCCAGUAGGUGUGUUGUCAGGGUGAUCUCUCUGGCUGUUUCAUGAGGUGAUUAGCUUUGAGUUAGAUGACAAGGUUUGGAGCGCAUUGCUGCCUAGGGGAACCCCCUGCUUCAUGCCGUAGUGGUAGUAGUCUGAAUGCUCAACUCAAGUAUGAUGUUCUCUUGAGGGGGACUGUUUUUUGGUGGUCUCUCAGGUGGCAGUAGAGGCUUAUUCAGGAUCCACAUAUUCUGGUGCAGUGUGGGCAAAAGUAAUUCUUACGUAGCUCUCUAUCAUCUUGGGCAUUGGAUUUGUCUUUGGGGUUGUUCUGAUUACCUCUCCUUCCUAAAAUGAGAAGGAAUCUUCAAAUUAGACACAUCUAAUUGGUAUUCUUUUAGCUUUGGAGAGACAAUGGAGCAAUCCUCGCUGAGGUUAAAGUGGUGACAGAAAGAGCCUACUUAGGAUCUGUAAAGAGCUGGAUAUUUGUCUAAUAAUCAGGGCUUCAGCUAAGGCAAUGAUACUAGUAAUGAAAGGGAUUUAAAAGAAUAUCAUGCUGAUCCUCAUAGUUUGCUGUCUAGACCAAGAUGAUAAAGGCCUUGCUGAGCUGAUAGAACUUAGCAAAUCACCUGGCAAUAGAUCACUAGUGCUGGUGGAAUAUUCUGGCAGCCGGACACUCACUCCACAUAAAGCUAUGAGCAGUCCCUAGUUCAGAGUAAAGCAAACUGUGUGAUAUAAUUCCCCUACAACUCUCAUUUUGUUGUCUCACAGCUCCACAUAGAUCUUGUUGCCCUGGAGGUGUUAGAAAUAAAAUAUUGUAAAGUAUUGACUUAUCUCUUUCAGUGUAUCUUUCCAUAUUCUCUGAUUUACCACAAAGGUGGUGUAAAAUACAUGAUGUGGUCCUCAACAAAGUAAAAGAAAAUACACUCCUUAGUCUCUCCAUGUACCCUUCCUGUGUAAAUUAGAAUCAACAUGUAAUAACUGCUGAAUUUCCUGGAGUUACUGAGUAAUUUCCGUCUAGCGACUGUAACAUUGUUGCUACGCAACUGAACAUAUAUUAAAGGUUUGA